UGCCCCGGGGAUCCGAGGACUCCCCACCGCUGCGCACACUCUUCCUGCGGUCGUUUUGAAAGGCUCGGGUGCGGCGGGAGCGAUGGCGGACGGGGAACGGUCGCCGCUGCUGUCCGAGCAGCACGACGGGACCAACGGCUUCUCCCCCGGGGGAGGCUCGCAUGGAUAUCUGUCCAAACCGCAGAGUUUGGCGCCGUUCCCCAGCUCGGUGGCACCAGGCGAGCCCCCGCCUCCGUACUCGCCACAGGGCAGCCCGGACAGCAGCAGCGCUCCCGUCAUCAGCUGCCGAGUCUGUCAGACGGCCAUAUCCGUGGAGGGGAAGACGCACCAGCAUGUGGUGAAGUGCAGCAUCUGCAACGAGGCGACGCCGAUAAAGAACGCUCCUGUCGGGAAGAAGUAUGUUCGCUGUCCAUGUAACUGCCUGCUGAUCUGCAAAGUCACGUCGCAGAGGAUCGCCUGUCCGAGGCCGUACUGUAAACGUAUCAUCAACCUGGGCCCGGUCCAUAUCGGCAGAGACAGUCCAGAACCUCAGCACCAGCCCGUCGGCAUCAGAGUCAUCUGUGGACACUGCUCCAACACAUUCCUGUGGACAGAGUUUUCUGACCGGACCUUGGCUCGAUGUCCACACUGCAGGAAAGUCUCUUCCAUUGGCCGUCGGUACCCGAGGAGGAGGAGCCUGCUGUGCUUCCUGCUGUUUGUCGCCCUGGCCGCCUCCACUGCUGGACUCCUGGUCGGGACGUGGAAACCCGCCCAGCAGUCCAAAGGCAUCUACGUGUCGUGGGUGCUGCUCAUCCUGCUCGCUGUGUUCACGCUGGCCAGAACCAUCUACUGGAGGUGCCUGAAAAUCAGCGACCCGAUAUCCAACAUCACAUAGAGAAAGGGAGGUAGAGAGCGAAGGAAGGAAGGAAGGAAGGAAGGAAGGAAGGUGAGAGGGAAGGCAGCAGGUGAUGUGAAGUGUAGGAACCUGAUGGAGGCAGGAGAGAUGAAGGGAACAGUCGAUGUAAAGGGAAGUGAAGGAGGAGAAAACAAGUAUGUAACUCAUUUAAAAUGCCAUAAUUAAGCCAAAUUGGAUUUGAAUGCACCCGAGUCGCCAGUUAACAACGCAGACGUCGUUCACCGCCUCCAGCGGCUUCGUUUUACCGUCACUCAUGGUCGUUUGAGAAGAAGCUGGACGAGGAUUCCUCUGCGAUGGACCAACACGACGUUUGAAGACUGAUGCUGCCAUUGUUUCUGAUUGAAACCUCCACGAGAUCAAUUUAGGAGAUGAAAUUUGUCAUUUUUGUUCCUCCAACAUUCUAAGAAACAUGUUUCCUGCAGAACAAUGAAAUGAAAAAAAAAACGAGUAACGACAUCUGGUAACCACUUUGUGUUUUCUGUGGACAGAACAGGAUUAAUGACCGUUAAUUAACCGAGACACCAGACGAACUGAGCAGGUCAGAAACAAGAUGUGCUUAUUAUAUUUAUUUUUUAAAUGAAAUUCAGUCCAGUUUCUUUUUCACCACCACAGGAUCACACUUUCACCUUCAAGCAGACCAAGUAAAUGAUUCUCCCCUUUCUGAAGGACUGUCUCCGUGUUGUAGACGGAUGAUCGCCAAGUUCAGAGGCUGCACCGCAAAAAAUCAAAAACCAGAUUAAAAUUUGGCUGCUGUUCCUGUCGAAGUAGAGUGUCGACAACACGUGUGUCUACGAUGACAUAAACUUGUCCAACAAGUCUUAACAUUUGUCCAAAAUGACUCUGAAUGUUUCCACAAUGACUCAAAACCUGCCUGAUGUGACUCGAAACUUGUCCGAGAUGAGUCCACAUCUGUCAAAAAUGAAUAAAAACAUUUCAGAAAUAAAAAUGUUAUUGGAAUCACUGAAAAUAGUCUAAAAUUACUGAAACGUUGGCAAAACAUGACAAAAAUGACUCAAACUAACAGAACUUUGUCCACAUUUAUGAUGCGGUCUGUGCAACAGAAUCAGUCCUGGAACUUUCUGAUCACCCGUCGUACGUCAGGUGUUGUCAGGAGUCAGCUUAGAAGAUCCGUACCACUUACUCAGCUGCUGAUUAGCUUAGCUUAGCAUAAGGAUGAGGGGUUUUUUUGUUUAUUUGUUCAUUAACUGAUGUGUACACUUUAAUUUUCAACUUGUGCUUUUGCAGGAUGUUGUGCGCUGCUGGGUUGUUUCCUUUCUGACAGAGCCAGGCUAGCUGUUUGCUAAUGUUUGCAGUCUUUAUGCUAAGCUAAGCUAACCAUAUCCAGGCCACAAAAUUUCCUUCUGUCCCAAAACUCUCUCUGAGGAUUCAGAUGCGAGCAGAGAAACAGUCGGAGUGGAAGUUUUGCUCAUAAACCGUCAGGAUUGUUAAACUUUCAGUGUUUGUUGCGGUGAAGAAACAAAACAGAACUAAAAAGUGAACAGUUUUAAUUCUCACCAGCAGAACACUGAAAGCAUCUCUGCUGCUCCUUAAAGCCAAACGGCUCGUAUCAUUUAAAGGCCUUUAAUCAUUUGAUCAGACAGUUUAUAAGAGCAGGAGGAGCCUGGAGGAAGCUGGACGAUGAGAGACGAUGUUUUCAGCUAACAGGAUUAAACGGGGACGUUUUAUAGACGGGCAUUAACUCAGUCUUUUUCUUUACAGCUUUUAUAAAGUAGCAGCAUGUCGGCGUCAGGUCAUCUCACUUUGAUUUUGUUUCAGCAGCUCAUUUCUUUUUUUCUUCUCUUUUCGCGGCAGAACGCUUCGUGUUGUCAGAAUAUCAUGAAGGGAACGCUUCUUUACUAAAAAAACCCAAAGUGCUGUUGUUUGCUGUUUGUAAAUCACCUGGGAGGCUUUUAUUUAUUGAUCUGUGUCACCUGGAUCAGACUAAACCGUGUAAAUACGUCCACUGGAUGUCGACUAGUUCAGACUGUACAGAUUAUCAGAGCCGUUGCUUCCCCCUUGUGGCUGAUUCAUGUAAGUACCUGCUGACUGUGAAACAUGUUGCACUACAUUGUACUGAUGUACUACUACUGUAUGUUUCUCUGGUGGGUGGAUUGUUCUUUUCUCUGUUUGUAUAUUGUGGAACAAAUACUACUUUUAACAAGGU